GAGUGGAAACAAACUCAACGGUCCAAUUCCGGCUGGACUCUUGGAAAAACAGAACAAUGGGCGGCUGUCACUAAGGUUCGCACUCUAUCGAAACAACUUUAUAUAUCAUAAUGAUUAUAAUUCAAAACUAUUACUACUAUCAUCAGUUUGCGUUCCCAGCCCCAAAAAAUUUGACCAAGUUAGGCUUUUGCCAUCUAUCAGCUAUGUGUUGCAGUAGAUAUCCGUACUCCAAAGCACACUAUUCGUACUUAUCAUUUCAAGUCUUAUAUUGUUUCAUCUUCUGUUGAUUCUAGCGUGGGAGGAAAUCCGCAUAUUCUUGUUACAGUUUUAUACAAAGAAAAGAACAAGUUUAUUUUUCCAUCAGUAGCAGCAGUCGUUUUAACUUCUGUCCUUGCAACUGCAGUGGCUAUUUUAUGGGGCUUUAAGAGAAGGAAAGAAGUAGAGAAAUGGUGGUUAUCGUUGAUUAUAGUAGGAGCAGCUCUAUUGGUUCCCCUGUUCUGCUACUUAUGCUAUUCGGUAUGGAAAAAACGCAAGGCUAAAGCGGAGAGAAUAAUGAAUCAAAAGAAGCUAUUACGUGAGCUUGGAGACAACAUUCCACCUCUCUCAACAUAUGGCAACACAAUAGCAGCAGAAAAUGAACAGAGCAUGAAGCAUGAGCUGAAUAUAUUCAAUUUCCAAACCAUUGCUGCCGCUACAAACGAUUUCUCAAUUACAAAUAUUCUCGGAAAGGGUGGUUUUGGUGCAGUUUAUAAGGGAAUAUUACUUGAUGGGCAAGAAAUAGCAAUAAAGAGACUCUCAAGAAGUUCUAACCAAGGAAUUGAAGAGUUCCAUAAUGAGGCUAAGCUCAUUGCAAAACUCCAACAUACUAAUCUUGUUAGACUUUUAGGAUGUUCUCUGCAGGGAGAAAAAAGGAUUUUAGUCUAUGAGUACAUGCCUAACAAAAGCUUGGACUUCUUCAUUUUCGAUUCUCAUAGAAAGACACUAUUAAACUGGAAGAAACGGUUCAACAUAAUUGAAGGAAUUGCUCAAGGACUUAUUUAUCUACAUAAAUACUCAAGAUUAAGAGUGAUUCACAGAGACUUGAAAGCCAGCAAUAUUUUACUAGAUGAUCAAAUGAAUCCAAAAAUAUCUGAUUUUGGUAUGGCUAGAAUCUUUGGGGUGAAUGAAUCUGUAGCAAAUACAAAUAGAAUAGUUGGGACAUAUGGCUAUAUGUUUCCAGAGUAUGCCAUGAAUGGUAUUGUCUCAAUAAAAACAGAUGUAUAUAGCUUUGGAGUUUUAGUAUUAGAGAUUGUGAGGGGCAAGAAGAACAGUGGUUACUAUCACACAGAGCAUCCACUCAAUCUUGUAGGAUAUGUUUAUCAGCAUGAUUGUGGAGUCCCGGAAUAUUCACGAUAUACAGAUUUGAAAACAGGCAGCAAUUAUGUUCCCGAUGCAACCUUCAUGAGACUAGGUGGAGAGCAUAAUAAACCAGAGAAGAUAUUGCGUGAUUUUGGAGACAAUUUGUCAUCUCCCUCAGCAGACGGUAAAGGAGUAACACAAGAUAAAGAUCAGAGCAUGAAGCAUGAACUAAAUAAUUUAAUUUUCAAACCAUUGUUACUGCUACAAACAAUUCUCAAGUCAAAUGUGCUUGGAAAGGGCGAUUUUGGUGCAGUUUACAUGAUCAGCUUGAUGUUCAAAGGAACAUCAGUCUCUUCAGCAGAAACAGAGCCAACAGGGGCAUCCUUGGAACCACUUGAAGUUCCUCUACUCAAAAGAUCAGCAUUGGUUUCUUUAAGAACAGUUCAAGAGAGUCAAAUCAAGCCAUCAAGGAGGUGUGAAAAGAGUUUACUUUUUGAUCAAGAGCCUGCAAUAGCUCACAACACUUUGGACUACCAAGCACUGGAUUUUACAGAAAGGGCUUGUAAGGAUGAAGGGACAUCCAUAGUAAGGGCAAUAGGCUUGAGAGUUUUAGAAGUGAUACUUCUAAUUUUGAGGAACUGA